AUGAACGGUCUUUUUGUGGUUUUCCUCGCUUGUCUGGCAUCGCCCUCAUUGGCCUGCUACGGAAACGGUUGCAAUGGCAGAUACAACUUCCAGACAUGUACCACCCCAGUCUGUCACUACGGCAAGUACAUUGGUUACGGCUGUCGCCACGGCAUCUGCCCCGUUGUCUGCCUCGGUGUUGGCUGCCGCGGUGUCAGUGGUGUCACCCCGCGAUCUCUGGAACGCAGCGGCUUCUACGGUGUGUGGGGCAACGGCGCCUACGGACACCGCGGUUGCUAUGGAGGUAACUGCGGGUACUGGGCCGGUUGUUUGAACGGACGUUGUGGCGGCUACUACGACUUUAGGCGCUGCAGAACGCCCAUGUGCGUCAGUGGACCCUACCAUGGCUACGGCUGCGCUAACGGUGUUUGCAGAUUCAUCUGCUUCCAAAACGUCUGCCACACACCAUACGCGUAUGGUCUUCGAUGCUACGGACCCAGUUGUGACAGGUACUACCAACUACCCGAGCUGGAAUGCAAUGGCGUGAACUGUCGUGAAGACUGCACCGGCGAGGAUUGCGAGAAGAAGGAGACGUCGACAUCGAAACCACCAAACGGAUCUGAGUAA